AUACACUACAGCUUUUGAAGAAAAAAGAGAGAUGCAUCAGACCACCCACCCUAGCCCCCAAUUUGUCGAAUGAUAAUGACAAAUAUUCACCCUUUAGUACACACUAUACACAGUAUGAAUCUUGAUCCCAUUAGCAGUCCCCCACUCAUCUCCUUUCUUCAAUAAAUACCAAUUUCCCAAAUCCCAACUUCUAAUUUUUUUUUUUAAAAAUCCCAACUUUUUUUCACACACCACUAGAGCCAUGGAUAGAUCCAAUAGUGUCAAUAGAAGAGAACCACACACAACAAAUGGUACCACAAAAAGUCAAGAAGAUCAUGAAGAUGAAUUAACACAAUCAGUAGAAAGGAUAUUUGAAUCAAAAGAAGUGCCAUCAUGGCAAAGUCAAUUAACUUUGAGGGCAUUUUUUGUGAGCUUAAUAUUGGGAAUUUUAUUCACUUUUAUUGUCAUGAAAUUGAAUCUUACUACUGGAAUUAUACCUUCUCUUAAUGUCUCUGCUGGACUUUUAGGCUUCUUUUUUGUCAAGACUUGGACUAAAUUUCUUGACAAAUCUGGAGUUUUAAAACAACCAUUUACAAGACAAGAAAAUACUGUUAUUCAGACUUGUGUUGUUGCAACUUCAGGCAUAGCCUUUAGUGGAGGUUUUGGAAGCUAUCUUUUUGGCAUGAGUGAAGUUGUUGCUAAGCAAUCACAAGAAGCUAAUGCUGCAGAUAAUAUCAAGAACCCUUCUUUGGGAUGGAUGAUAUGUUUCCUCUUUGUUGUCAGCUUUCUUGGACUUUUCUCAGUUGUUCCCCUUCGUAAGAUUAUGAUCAUAGACUUCAAACUGAUUUAUCCAAGUGGUACUGCAACUGCUCACUUGAUCAAUAGUUUCCAUACUCCACAAGGAGCUAAGCUAGCCAAGAAACAAGUAAAAGCUUUAGGAAAGUUUUUCACCUUCAGCUUCUUAUGGGGCUUCUUCCAGUGGUUUUUUACAGCAGGGGAUGGCUGUGGAUUCGUGAAUUUCCCCACGUUAGGUCUCAAAGCCUACGAGAACAGGUUUUAUUUUGACUUCUCCGCGACAUAUGUUGGUGUUGGGAUGAUAUGUCCUUAUCUAAUCAACGUGUCGUUGCUAGUUGGAGCGAUCCUUUCAUGGGGUAUAAUGUGGCCUCUUAUUCAAGACAGAAAAGGUCAUUGGUACCCUGCUGAUCAAAGUGCUAGCAGCCUUCACGGCAUACAGGGUUACAGGGUCUUUAUAGCAAUAGCUAUGAUCCUUGGUGAUGGUCUUUACAACUUCAUCAAAGUACUUGGACGAACAUUGUAUGGUAUAUAUUGCCAAUUCCGCGAGAAAAGAACAGGGUCCGUCCUUCCUGUUGGUGCCCGUGCAUCCCCUGCAGAGGCGUCUCUGUCUUAUGAUGAUCAGAUACGAACCGAGCUUUUCCUCAAGGAUCAAAUCCCUACGUGGGUAGCGAUAGUCGGUUAUGUUAGCAUUGCCAUCCUCUCCACUAUAAUACUUCCACACAUUUUCCAUCAACUUAAAUGGUACUACAUCGUCGUGAUAUACAUUUUUGCACCGGUACUAGCCUUCUGCAAUGCUUAUGGAUGUGGUCUCACUGACUGGUCAUUGGCAUCAAUGUAUGGGAAGCUGGCAAUCUUCACGAUCGGGGCAUGGGCUGGGGCGUCUCAUGGUGGUGUUCUAGCAGGAUUAGCUGCUUGUGGUGUCAUGAUGAACAUAGUCUCAACUGCAUCCGAUCUAACGCAGGACUUCAAGACCGGUUACAUGACGUUGGCUUCUCCUAGGUCCAUGUUCAUAAGCCAGAUAAUCGGAACAGCAAUGGGCUGUGUCAUCUCCCCUUGUGUAUUUUGGCUAUUCUACAAGGCCUUCCACGACUUAGGCAUUCCUGGUUCAGAGUACCCUGCCCCUUACGCUAUAGUCUAUCGUAACAUGUCUAUCUUGGGAGUCGAAGGCUUCUCAGCUCUACCAAAGAAUUGUCUCACCCUAUGCUACAUAUUCUUCAUCGGAGCUAUUGCAAUCAACGCGUUAAGGGAUGCUGUUGGAAAGAACAAGGCAAAGUACAUUCCUCUUCCAAUGGCAAUGGCUAUACCGUUCUAUCUUGGAUCCUAUUUCGCCAUUGAUAUGUGCCUCGGGAGCCUGAUUUUGUUCGUCUGGACAAAGAUAAACAAGGCCAAGGCCGAUGCAUUUGGACCAGCUGUAGCGUCUGGACUUAUUUGUGGUGAUGGAAUCUGGACCUUGCCUAGUUCAAUCCUAGCUUUAUCAGGUGUGAAUCCGCCGAUUUGCAUGAAAUUUUUAUCAAGGAAGGACAAUAUGAUAGUAGAUAAGUUCAUGAAGCAUUGAAGUCGUUAACGUCUAGGUUUUAUCGCGUUCUUAUUGUUCUGUUUUUCCUCUGUAUGUUUGCGUUUUGCACGAUAUUGUUCCAUGUCCAUAUUGCUAUGAACUUUCCAAAGAUAGAAGUUAAAUUUACUUAUACAGAACAUGAUUGAUCUUUCAUAUAUCAAGUUGUAAAUGUGAUAUAUUUAAAGUACACUCCACAAGUUUAUUGUAUUUUGCCAUUCCUCA